ACGCAAAGGAGAAAAAAAAAAAAAAAAAAAAAAAAAAAGGCGAACCAAGUUUUGGCCAUACAAAUUAAGCAUACCUGUUGAUUAGCAGUCCCCCCUGUAAUUAUUAUCCUCACGCACCUCUAUACAAACAGAAGUAGAGGCGAACCUACAAGUGGUGAGAGUAACGGAGAACGGGGAAGGGGAAGAAUCCCAACUUCACAUUUGUUACGUUAGCAAAGUCCGACCGUUCGACGCGUGUACGCGAGCGGUGCUUGUUGUGGUGCCGGCCUCAUCAGUGUUUGAAGCGGCACAGCAGUACCCACAGCAGUGUAGUCGCCGAGCAGUGGUGUAUCUACACGGAUAGAGAAACGCCCCGGCACCUGCCCUGUGAGCGGUGUAGCAGCUAAGAGGGGAAGAACGCAGGAGUUGCUGCUCUCCCCCGAUUGGUUGAGCGGUGCACCACCCAUUCGCCCCACCUAUUCACCGCGUUACCGCGUUACCGCGAUACCGCUUCACCGCUCUACCACUCCACCGCUCCCCACAAUGAGCGGCAAAGGCAAGGAGGGGAAGAAGGCGCAGGCGGAAGACGAGAAGGACAAGGAGUUCGAGGAGAAAAUAAAGCACCUGAGCGUGGACGAGCGGGUGAAGAAGGCCCUGAACCUGAAACUCGAGGGGAACAACGAAUUUAAAAAAAAAAUGUACCAAGAAGCGAUCGACAAGUACAGCGAAGGGCUCAAGUACAUACACAAAUUGGAGAGCAAAAAUGAAAAAAUAAUCGAACUGGAGGUGGCCUUCUACCAAAACAUGAGCAUAUGCUAUUCAAACGUAGAGAAUUACAACGAAGCGUAUGAACAUGUGAAGAAGGUGCUGCAGCUGGAUAAGGACAACGCCAAGGGGUUGUUCCGACUGGGGCAAAUCGAAUUUAACAGAUGCAAUUUUGAUGUGGCUAGGGAGAAGGUACAAGAGUUUAUUAAAGCCCACCCAGAUAGUAUGGAAGCCAAGAAGUUACUCAAAAAUAUCCUCAUCAAACAGAACGAACACAACAAAAAGCAGAAGCAGGCCUUCUCCAAAAUUUUUGAAAAGGCCUCUGGGCUGUACGACGACAGGGAGAAGGAGAUCCAGAGGAAGAAGAAGGAAAAAUAUGAAAGUUACCUAAAAUCGUGUGCCGAGAAGAACGAAAAGGUGGUCGACUUUGACGAGUGGGAGGUCAUGGAGAGGGAGAAGCAGAACGAGGGGCACACGGAGCAGGAGCAGAAGGAGCAAAAGGAGCAAACGGAGCACACCGAGCAGAAGCGCAAGCAGAAGGAGGGCAAAGCGGAAAAGAGAAAGCCAAAGUACAACGAUAGUGUGAAAAAGAAAAGCGACUCACUCACGUCCAACACGACAAACAACUCCUCCAGCCUAGACAUAGACGAGGAGGACCAAAAAAUAAUCGACGAGACGAAGAAAAUGGGCUACUGCUAUUUUAGGAAAGAUAUAAAAGAAGAUGAUAAAAAAUUCUUCGAAAAAAAUAUGCCUCAAAAAAUUGAAAAUGGUAUUGCAGAUGAGUACAAUUUGUAUAGCACCGAAAAUAAAGCCAUCUCCUCUUGGAACGCCGCCGGUACUACCUAUGAAGAGAAGGACAUGAGCAAGUGGGCAAAGCAAAAACUGGAGCAGUGCCUCAAAAACAUUCACUUUAAAAAUACAGAAAAGACGGAUUUCCUCAAUUUGAAUAACCAAAAUGAAUACAACUUGCUAAAUGCAGAUUACCCGGAAGUCCUGCCCAUACAGUACCUGUGCAAAAUUGAGUUGAAGGAGAUAAGAGACCUCAACGUGGAUGCCCAAAUCGUCGUCAUACGGGGGACGAAGAGGCACAUCUUCGAGCUGUCCUGCAAUUUGUACGUUACCCUAAAUAUUAACAUCACCGAAUUGCACAUACAUAAAAUUAUCGUGCAGAUUGCCGAACUCUCCAGCGAACUGGAGGCGGGCAAAACGUGGAGGGACUACAUCACUGUGAAGAAAAACGACAAGCUGAAGGUCCCCGACAAGCUCUUCAACAACAUCUACGAGCUGCUCAUCGAGAAGGUGGAGAGCCAGGUCAGGUACUUCACGGAGGAGUACAGCAAGAUGUGA